GAUCUCCUGACCUCGCGAUCCGCCCGUCUCGGCCUCCCAAAGUGCUGGGAUUACAGGCUUGAGCCACCGCGCCCGGCCCCAAGGCUUUCUCUUUCUCAUGACUUUUUUUUCUCCUGCUCAGAAGUCUACGAGGAUGCUUCCGGGUCACGCGGCGCCGACACCGGGAAUCAUGUGACACCAAGAUGGCGGCGCCGCGGUAGCUGAAUCCGGGUUGUGGCGUCCUAGGAGUCGCGACGGUUUCUGCCCUCGGGCAGUGAGGGGCGGCAGCGCUUGGCUGACCCCUGCGGCGUCCCAUAGCCUCGCGUUAAGCCUGGUUCACAGCGGUAGCUGUUGCUUGUCGCGGUGGAUUCCAGGGAGUGCAGGUGACCCCGCUGCAGGUUUCUUGUGCUGGCCGCGCUCGCUGGAGGAAGAAGAGAAGGGCAUUUAGGCCUGCGGCCUUGGCGUUCAUGAGGCCUCCGAGAGCUCCGGAGGAGCUACAACUCUGAGGGGGCGGCUAGAGUUCGAGUCCUCAGGUGUGUGAGAAGCAGCCUAGGACCCCGGGUUCGGGGAGUCGCAAAGAAGGCGGUAAGGGCUCCGCUUCUUUCUCCGGAGGCCUGCCUUCUGCGCGUUGAUUAACCCCGUAUUCUUUCCCACUUCCUCUCAAUGUUUUCUUCAUACAUCUGGAAAUAUGAUCAGCGCCCCUGACGUAGUGGCCUUCACUAAAGAGGAAGAAUAUGAGGAAGAGCCUUACAAUGAGCCGGCCCUGCCUGAGGAGUACUCGGUGCCGCUCUUCCCCUUCGCCAACCAGGGUGCUAACCCCUGGUCAAAACUGUCUGGGGCCAAGUUUUCGAGGGACUUCAUUCUUAUUUCCGAGUUCUCUGAGCAGGUGGGACCCCAACCGUUACUGACCAUCCCCAAUGACACCAAAGUUUUUGGCACUUUUGAUCUCAAUUACUUCUCCCUGCGUAUCAUGUCGGUGGAUUACCAGGCUUCCUUCGUGGGCCAUCCUCCUGGAUCUGCCUACCCCAAGCUGAACUUCGUGGAGGACUCCAAGGUGGUGCUGGGAGAUUCCAAGGAGGGAGCCUUUGCAUACGUGCACCACCUUACCCUAUACGACCUGGAGGCCCGUGGCUUCGUGAGGCCGUUUUGCAUGGCUUAUAUCUCUGCAGACCAGCAUAAAAUCAUGCAGCAGUUCCAGGAGCUUUCAGCCGAAUUUUCCAGAGCUUCUGAGUGCUUGAAGACUGGCAACAGGAAGGCAUUUGCUGGGGAACUUGAAAAAAAGCUGAAAGAUUUGGAUUACACCAGGACAGUGCUGCACACAGAAACGGAGAUCCAGAAGAAAGCCAAGGACAAAGGCUUUUACUCAUCUCAGGCAAUUGAGAAAGCCAAUGAACUGGCCAGUGUGGAGAAGUCCAUCAUUGAACAUCAAGACCUGCUGAAGCAGAUCCGCUCAUACCCUCAUCGGAAGCUGAAGGGGUGUGAUUUGUGUCCUGGUGAGAUGGAGCACAUCCAGGAUCAGGCCAGCCAGGCAUCCACUACCUCUAACCCUGAUGAGUCUGCCGACACAGACCUUUACACCUGCAGACCAGCCUACACCCCAAAACUUAUAAAAGCAAAGUCCACCAAGUGUUUUGACAAGAAGUUGAAGACCUUAGAGGAGCUCUGUGACACUGAAUAUUUCUCCCAGACCCUGACUCAGCUCAGCCACAUUGAACACAUGUUCAGAGGAGACCUGUGUUACCUCCUCACCAGUCAGAUUGAUAGAGCACUUCUAAAACAACAGCACAUAACAAACUUUCUCUUUGAAGACUUUGUGGAGGUCGAUGACAGGAUGGUGGAGAAGCAAGAAAGCAUACCCUCUAAGCCCAGUCAAGACAGGCCGCCUUCCAGGUCUCUAGAAGAAUGCCCAAUUCCUAAAGUGUUAAUUAGUGUUGGUUCUUACAAGUCCAGUGUGGAGUCUGUGCUAAUCAAGAUGGAGCAGGAACUGGGAGAUGAGGAGUACAAGGAAGUGGAGGUGACGGAGUUGAGCAGUUUCGACCCCCAGGAAAACUUGGACUACCUGGAUAUGGAUAUGAAAGGGAGUAUCAGCAGUGGUGAAAGCAUUGAAGUUUUGGGCACAGAGAAAUCCACCUCUGUGCUUUCUAAGUCUGACAGCCAGGCCAGCCUCACGGUACCAUUGAGCCCCCAGGUAGUCCGGAGCAAAGCCGUCAGCCACAGGACCAUCAGCGAGGACAGUAUUGAAGUCCUCAGUACCUGCCCCUCUGAGGCCCUCAUCCCUGAUGACUUUAAGGCCAGCUACCCAAGUGCCAUUAAUGAAGAAGAAUCAUAUCCAGAUGGCAAUGAGGGAGCCAUCCACUUCCAGGCAAGCAUCAGUCCUCCGGAGCUGGGUGAGACGGAGGAGGGCAGCAGGGAAAACACCCCAUCACAAAUAGACUCCUGCUGUAUUGGGAAGGAGAGCGAUGGUCAGCUGGUGCUGCCCUCCAGUCCAGCCCACACACACUCUGAUGAGGAUGGAGUGGUGAGCAGCCCCCCACAGCGCCAUAGGCAGAAGGACCAGGGGUUCCGUGUAGACUUUUCAAUGGAAAAUGCCAGCCCUUCUUCCCGAGACGACAGCUGUGAAGGGUUUUCCGCUUAUGAGCUGGACCCAAGCCACCUGCUGGCUAGCCGGGACAUCAGUAAGACCAGCCUGGAUAACUACUCAGACACCACCAGCUAUGUGAGCAGUGUAGCCUCCACCAGCUCAGACAGGAUCCCUUCUGCUUAUCCUGCUGGCCUGUCUUCCGAUAGGCAUAAAAAGAGGGCUGGCCAGAACGCCUUAAAAUUCAUCCGCCAGUACCCCUUUGCCCACCCAGCCAUCUACUCCCUGCUCAGCGGGAGGACACUCGUGGUCCUGGGGGAAGAUGAGGCCAUAGUCAGGAAGCUCGUGACUGCACUGGCUAUCUUUGUCCCCAGCUAUGGCUGCUACGCUAAGCCCGUGAAACAUUGGGCCUCCUCCCCUUUGCACAUUAUGGAUUUUCAGAAGUGGAAGCUUAUUGGCUUGCAGAGAGUGGCCUCCCCUGCCGGUGCCGGUACCCUUCAUGCCCUGAGUCGCUACAGCCGCUACACGAGCAUCCUGGACCUUGACAACAAAACCCUGCGCUGCCCCCUUUACAGAGGCACCCUGGUGCCCCGCCUGGCGGACCACCGCACACAGAUCAAGCGGGGCAGCACCUACUACCUGCAUGUCCAGAGCAUGCUCACUCAGCUCUGCUCCAAGGCCUUCCUCUACACCUUCUGCCACCACCUGCACCUGCCUACGCACGACAAGGAGACAGAGGAGCUGCUAGCCAGCCGCCAGUCGAGCUUCCUGAAGCUGACCCUGGGUCUGGUGAAUGAGGAUGUCAGGGUGGUCCAGUACCUGGCUGAGCUGCUGAAGCUGCACUACAUGCAGGAAUCUGCAGGGACCAGCCACCCCAUGCUCAGGUUUGACUAUGUCCCCAGCUUUUUGUAUAAAAUCUGAGGUCGGUCCCAGCCACUGUGACCAAGACCUGUGACUCAGGGUAUGGGGAGGGGAGGGGUUGGCAUGACCAAACAGUUGCCUGAACUGGACUGUUUAGGUUUCUGGUGUCUGGCAGCAUGGUUCCCACGUGGCUCCUGGUAGUUUUCAAGUUGGACAUGGGCAGAAGUGGAGCCUGGGUCCCUCUAAAGGCGUCUGGAGGGAUGGUGACAGCUACAUUUGGCUCCCUGGUGAAGAGAGGCCCCUGGAUGUAGAGGGGGCCUUGGUUUUCUGAGGACUGGCAGCCAGGGCAGAAGGGAAGCCACCAGUCCCUUGGUGGGGCAGGGUGAGGGCAGGAAGGCCAAAACCUGAUGGGAGGAGCACACUGACCAUAUUCAGCAUUGCCAGACACUUGAGUGGCAAAAUGAGCGAGGGCGGCAGCCCGGUAACUGUUGUGGUUUGAUGGAAAACAGGAGAGCAGAACACCCAUCACCUCCUUCAGACCCAGAUGCAGACCUUUAUUUGCCUCCUGGAGCCUGCUGUCCCAGGGGAGGCCCUGGACCAGCCAGUGGGAGGGAGAAAGGCUGCCACCCUUUGGGUCGUGGGAAACAUGCAGCCUUGGCCUCAGGGCCACAGAGCGUGAGCAGCACCCUGUCCUCUGUCCUCACCACCUUUACCUGGGAGAGAAAUGCCUGUGAACGGGCCUUGGGACUCACCCCCUACGCUCUUUCACCAGGAACGAGCAGAGUGUUCCCUAGUCCCAGUGUGAAGCGGGCACAAGUGACCAAAGCCAAUGGUGAGGACCACCUUGGGGGCUGGAGAGCACAGCAGGCAGAGCAGGGCUGAGGUGCCAUGAGGCCAUCCCUGCCACGCAAGGGAGGAGCAGCCAGCAGCCCUCCUGGGUGGCCCACUGGUUCCUGCUGGCCAGAGUGCGUGAGCACUGACUGUCCUCGUGGGGAAGGUCUGCAGACCCGUGUGAACAUGGCAGAGGGCACACUCCAGCUCCCACCCACACAAACUUUGCAACCACUUCACUACCUCUCACUGGGUCUCGUGGGCAUUGGACAGCACGGUUCUGUUUAGUCAGCUGGUGCAGGUGGUCGGCCCAGCCGAUGAGAACUCAAAUGGCACGGAUUUCCUGGAUGAGCUACCACGUGACGCUCUUCAGGUUCUGCCUUUGGGAGGCUGUGUGCACCUCAGUCACCACAGCUCACGGCCGUCCCCAGUUGAGUCCCCCUUCUGAGGACAAGUUUGAGACUGGGAAGGAGACACCCCUGGUUCCGCCAGCACCUGUCCCACUGAUAGUGAUCCCCUGGCCUCCCCGAGCCUCCUUAGGCAACGGCCACUGGUUUGUAGACAGAGGGUUUCUUGCAGCCUUGAAAAUUUUAUUCCCUAAGUGGGGACAGCUCUGGGUAUUACUGCUUCUUUGAUUUGUUCCACAAAAAUUGUGCUGAAAUGGACCUGAAUCAGCCCUGGGUGUGCAUCUGUUGGCGCCUACUGCUGAGGCCCGGCCUGCCCAUCGGCCUGUAGUGCACACUUGAGGUCAUCACGGAGCCAGCCAGCUUCUCUUCUCAUCAAGGAGGCAGAGACCCCGGUGGAAGCCGAGAGUGACCAAAGAGGGCUUGCAUCACGUCACUCCAGUGGUUCCCUCUGGUGGAAGCCGAGAGUGACCAAAGAGGGCUUGCAUCACGUCACUCCAGGGGUUCCCUCCUUGUCCAAGUCCUCGUUGUAAGGGCAUGGCCCGUUGGCUCCAGCUGUUGGCUUCUGUUCAGGGUCCUUGCUCCCAUCAGAGGUGUUUGAUGUUGCUCCUGGGGCUGUGAUGGAGAACCUUUUGUGGCAGAUGGCGCUGCCUACAUCUCAUUGGUUCUCUGUACCUGUGCCCGUUGCACAUGUUCACAGACAGGAGAGUCGCCAGCAAUACCUUGGCAGCCUUUAAAUGUGAAACGUCUUGUUAUUUGCGCCGGAGGCAGAGGCUGUGCAGGGAGCCUGCUUCUCAUCAUGGGCUCCCUUAUCUGUACGGCUCCCCCUCCUCCUGUUCUAGAUGCUGAUUUGUUUUCUCACUGGCUGGCUAAUUGCUGUCUGCUUACGCCUCCAUGGCCAUAACUGUGCAACAUUUUAUCUGAGAAGGCAGGAAGGUCAGAAAGUGAUCAUUGGCCCCACCACUGUGGCAUUCCUGUCACCAACACAGAAAUUCACAGCUCAUACUCUUGCCUGGGAAACUUUGGGAAAGGCUCAUGAGUUUGGGGCAGAUCCUGAAUUGCAGCCACACUUGGCCUUCUAGAAGCUGAAGCUGUACACUCAAGUGGUCCUAAGUAGAAGUCCACUUGGGGUAUUUGCUGGCAUACACCCUCAAGGGUGGUUCAGAAGGCCCUGAGACCUAAGGCAAAAGGCUCCUGGGGCAUGAACAGAACAGACUGUCUCGGGGCAACCAUAGAAGUGGCAAGCAGGGCCAGUCUCCCUCAAGGUUGUUCUUCAUUAAGUAAAGAUGGCUUCAUGACUAGUGUUUGAGCUCCCAGAUUUAUAUUUGGGUUAAAAACUAACUUUUCAAUGUGGCAGUUUCAAAGGAUUACUUGAUGCAAAGUAUGUUUCCUUUCAAAGGGAUCUUGAAGUGGUACCAGGACUGAGUCAUAACUUGGGCAGAGGCAGUUAACACUGGGAAGCCCUGCCCCUGCCUAUGCCCCCUUCACUCUGGGGAACUGAAACCUACUAUGCAGUGGGACUAAUCUCAUCAAGAAUUUUCAGUUGAGGCCGGGCACGGUGGCUCACACCUGUAAUCCCAAUACUUUUGGGAGGCCAAGGCGGGCAGAUCACCUGAGGUCAGGAGUUCAAGACCAGCCUGGCUAACAUGGUAAAACCCCGUCUCUACUAAAAACACAAAAAAAGUUAGUCAAGUCUGGUGGUGCGUGCCUGUAAUCCCAGUUACUUGGGAGGUUGAGGCAGGAGAAUCACUUGAACCUGGGAGGCAGAGGUUGCACUGACCUGAGACUGUGCCACUGUACUCCAGCCUGGGCAACAAAAGCAAAAACUCCGUCUCAAAAAAAAAAAAAAAUUUUUUUUCGUUUGAGGUAUUCUUCCAGUAGAAGGUUAAUCAGUUUUUAAUGAAACCAUUAAAAAUAACACUUCCCAGAAAAUAGAUGACAUCAGUGCCCCUUGCUACUUCCUCAGUCCUCACUGUUGCUUUGAGAGCCCAGGUACUGAAACAGGUUGUCUUGAGUUUUGUGUCAAGCUUUUCCUCCAGUCCAUUAUCCCCCUCCCUCGUUUCUGAAGCAGUCUAGGUUAAACUAGCCACGCGGGUAGUUGUGGACUGGUCAUUUUCAAAAGCCCCACUUUAGAGAUCAGGCCACAGCUUUUUAUAUCGCACAGGACACAUCAGCCUGAGCUGCUGCCUCAUGCCUGUUUCCCCAGGAACCUCACUCCUUUGGUGGAACCUUGGGAUUUUAGAAAUUGUGGCUUUUCCAUACCUCAUUUACUCCAACAGUUGAAGUUACACACAUUGCUCCCGAAUUUGGAAAUAGACCGCAGUACCUUUCCUUUCAUUCCCCAUCUGGCCUUUACUUUCUUUGCUUCAGUGGUUGAAAACAGUUGCCAUAUUCAAAGUAUAGUAGAUUUCAACCUCACACAAACAAGUCCCAUUUCACAAUCCUAGGAAGGCCCACCAAUUUCAUUUCACGCACCAGGGCGGCUGCAGUUGGAGGCGGAGGGCAGCCCUCUGCUCACCGAAUGUCUUGCAUGCGCUGACUGCUGCCCGCGUGCUGAACAUGCCCCGCCGCCCAGGCCCAGCACUGCAUGUUGGGUCAGCGUCUAGUGCUGCUGUCACGUCUUUGUCUGCACAGCCAGUAGCAUUGUCUCAGCCAGGGGGUUUAUAAGAAGGUGUGCAAGGCUUUUGGGGGAACUGAGCCCCUAUAGUGGGCAAUCUCCUUUACCUUCCCACCUCCCUGAAAGCACAGAAGACAGUGCCUUGGUUUGUGCUUUGAAGUAAACCAGCCAGCUUUCUGGUUUUGCCCCAGUACUGUGAUGGAACAUAAUCAAACUGGAGAUGUGGUUUUAACACUGCAAAAAGGAAAAAGCAUCAAGUUUCUACUUCUGGCUGGAAAGCAAAACCAAUCUCAGCUGACAAGCCUGGGCAAACUAAGUUUUCCUGAGUCCAUUCUCCUUCGAGCCCUGACCUAACCUGGCCUUACCUCAUUAAGGUUUGGUUAAAGCAGUGGAAAGGAGGAGGCAGGAGUGGAUGGGGGUGUGGGGAGGGAUGAACACUGCAGCCGAUUCAUCUGUUGGUAGGGGCCCAGCUUCUUGGGAGUGCUUAUUCAGCUCAAGAGUGGAGGCUGUACAUAGCGAGCCCUGGAGAUGGCAGCUUGUCUCCAGCUGGGGAGGGUUCAGGCCCCUGAAUUGAAGACCACUUUGGUAGCAGAAAUGUAGGGACUAGUGAGUCACCCACAACUCACGGAUUCUGCAGCAGCUGCUCCACCCACUAUAAAGCAAAUGCCAACAGGCUAGACCCCAGAUUGCAGGGACUGCCACCUACAAGGUGGGACCACAGGCUGCCUCACCGGGAUUGUCUGCCACUAAAUAGCUGGAGUCACAGAUUGAGAUAAAUGCCACCUUCAAGGUUGCAGUGAAAAGCAUAGUCCUAUGUGAUGAAUUCAUAUGUGUUAUUUUUUAAAAAGCUAUUUUAUUACUGCAUGUUCCUGUCCCGUCUUGUGAAUGUGAGUCCCCGCCACCACAUGAGCUGCAGUUGUUGCAGUGGCUGGUGCAGGAGUGCGGCUGGCGCGUGUGUGAUAGCAUCUCAUAGGUGUUGCUACACAAGAGUUAACCAGAGUCAAUGCCAAACACAUAGUAUGAGAAGUGUACUUUUUAAGAAAUUAAUUUAUUUGAGUUCAAAUAUUUUUGAAAUAUGAAAAUUGGUUGUAUUUUUUAAAGCUAUAAUUCUUGUAGACAUUCUGUGGUUAAAAAUUUGAUUGUGCUUAUUAAAAAUGGUCAUCUAUGUUUUGCACUUCAGCUACGUGAAAAUAAAGUUUCUUUGGGAAGGUGA